UUUAGAAAAGCUAGACUCCCUGAUAUUAGAAUCUUCGAGAAAGGCUCACACGAAGAAUACACGCAGUGGAAGAUGCAGAUCCACGCGUUCUUCGAAGACCCUUUAAUUAAGCAAAAAGCUCUACAGUAUCUCCGUACGACUAAGCAAGGAAAAGGCGAGUUUCUUUUCUACGAGAAUCUUAAGGUAAUUAACCAACUCUCGUCUAACGCGCCCUCUUACUCGACCUCUCUUCCUACGUCUACCCUAGCUGCCGUGGACGAAAUGGACUGGACGCCUAAUAUAGGCGCCAUGCGUCCCCGUACGAGGAAUGAGUACUGGGGUACACAAAACCAAAUUGCUCAACGUAAGGAGGAGGGCAGCUGCCUACGCUAUGGCAUCCACGGCCACCUCGUACGACAGUGUAAAGCAGCAGUCCCAAAACGCACGCGCAAGCUAGAGACCGUAACAAAAGUCCUAGCUGCUACCUUAGAAGACGAGAGCUCGGACGAGGGAAAAGAGGAGCCCUAGUCCAAAAACGCCGACUAGGGCAGCCAAAGCAGGUUAAGCAGGUCGUACGACCUGUCCAAGAGCUACUUUACUAACUAAAGCCUACUCAGCCAAUGUCCAUAGACGUAAUCGUUAAUCUUUUGAAAAACGCUACUACUAUGAUUGAUAAUGGGUGCUGUACUUAUGCGAUAGUAUGUGAAAGACUCGUACGAGAACUUGACCUGCCGCGCGUAUCUAUCUCUACUAGGGAGAUUAAAGGUGUUAAUAACCAGAAGAGCACCGUAGGAGCCAUUACUCAAUUUACUAUAGACGUUGGAGGGAUUAAGCGAAAAGCAGC